AUGUCAGGAAUUCAUGUUCGCCAACUGUCGCCCAAUGAGGCCAACAUCGAGGUUACCUUACAAUCUGCCAUCGAUGCGAUGGGAGACGCGUUCAAGGGAGGAAAGUAUGGUUCAGAUGUCUUCACCGAAAUGACGGCUGGAAACGCAGACGCUUCCGUCCAGUCUCCUCUAGUCCGCGAUCUUCACGCUGCGCAGAUCCGGGCUGGUCUGAUCGGAGGCCUUGUAUAUGUUGCUGAAGUCGAAGGUCGCGGCGUCGCUGGGGCAGCUGUUUGGUUUGGUCCAGGACAGGACCUGCUCAGCUCGUGA